AUUCGAUAUAAUUCGAUAAUAUGUUGAUAUUUGGUUUUAUAAUUUUUUGCUGAUAACUCGCUUGUUUUCAUAUUUGUGGGUGGAACUUUGCCUCAUUUGGCAUACUUGAAGUUCCUUGGCACCAGUCAGCUGAACGUUUCAUGGCUAACCGUGAUGUAUUCUCAAAAAUCCUGCCAAAUGUCAAGUUGGCCACUCGAUACGAUGAAGACGGACGCGAAGUUCAGGUGGAGAGUCGCGAGGACUCGGAUGCGACAGCAAAGCAGCAGGACACUUUCGACAUUCUAAUGGACGCCGGCUACUAUCGGGCCCGCAUCAAAGGCCUGUCCGCCUUCGACAAGGUUGUGGGCGGCAUGACUUGGUGCAUCGAAUGCGCCGACUAUGACGUGGACGUGGAUCUGCUUUUCCACGAAAGUCUAUCGAUUGGCCAAAAAAUAGCUCUCGUGGAAAAGAUUGUUUCGGUUCUGAUCGAUAUGAAGUGUCCACAUAGCUUGGAGCCGCAUCAGGUGCAGGGUCUGGAGUUUUUAGCCAUUCAUCCCGUCAUCCAGUGGCUAGUGAAGACUUCGGUGGAAAAUCGAGCUGUGCGUGGACAGCGCUUGAAGAAAUUUGCCAUUGGAGUGUUCCACAAUCAUUAUCAGUAUAAAAGCGACAAAGACAAUUUGACCAAAAUACGUUGUUUGCUCCAGUUAGACAGUCUUCAACAUAGAAAUCGGUUUUUAAUGUUGUUGAUCCUACUGGUAGUCUGUCUUUGUAUUGUAUUGCCAAAUGAUCCAGACAUUUCGUUGCUAGGAACGGAGCAGCUGUUGUCCCAUAUGUUACUGUUUUCAGGCGAUAGUACCUGAUCUCUUCGGAUGGAUUGUUUCUCC